GCUGUGACGUCACCACGCACGCAGUCACCGGCCAGCAGGAAAAACGAGUUGGACGCAAUAUUUCACGAACAAGUUAUUUUAUUUUCAUUUUUUUCUUCUUCUUCUUCUCACAGCUUCUGUUUUAACUCGUGAACGCGGACUCGAAAGCGACGUCGCUGUUUUUUUUAUUUUUUUUUUAACAAACGCAGGAUUCAUGAGCGCGCGACGAACACGCGAGCCGCUAACUAGCUAGCUGCAGCUCCACAGACUUAGCAUGCUAGCUAGCUGACAGCGUUAGCCCAGGACAUGGACCCGUUGAGUGCAGCCGCGGAUGAGGUGACCCUGGAGGGGCUGGACGGGAUAACCGUCCCCUCCCUGUGGAUCCGGUUGGAGGACAGACAGCCCAAGUUCCCCCUGAAGCUCGACGACUGCACCAAGGAGCUCAUCUGGAGGUUCCUGGUCAGCAACGCCGACCUGAAGUUCUAUCAGCUCCCGCAGGAGAGAGAAGAUGUGGUGCUGUCUGACAGAUAUAAAGACAUCGACCCAGAGACAGGCAUGGGAACAGCAGAGACGUUUUCUGAGAAUAAGAAAGACAUCUACCCUGUCCAUAUAAUUCUAGAAAAUAAGAAUGGGAUACAGGGCUCGUGUCCUGUCUUCAAAGAGAGGACCGACAUCACAAAGCAUGUACGCUCCAAGUCCCUCACUGCGUUGGUUAGUUUGGAGGAGGCUUUGGAAAGAUAUGGACGUAAGCUUGUUGUGGUGGCAUCAAACAGUUUGCGGUUCCGGACUCUGAUCGGUAACGAGAGCGAUCCUGAUUUGAAACUUAGCGACGACUCCUACUGUUUGUUGGAAAAAGUAGGCCGAGCACGCUGGCAAGGAGAGCUGCAGAGCGAGCUGCACAGAUGCUCUUUCAAGACAGAUGCUCGAAAGUUGCACUACAUGAGGAAGUCUCUCGUCAAACACGGACUCAUCACCAUGCAGUCGCAUGUCGCACGAGCUAAAUCAGGACAGCAACAGCAACACUCCAUACUGCUGCUGCUCAAACGCUUCCACGUAAACAGGAAGACUAAGUACGACAUUCUGAUGGAGCAAGUGUCCACCCUCCUCCAGCAGUCACCUGGUCAGUUUUGCACUAUGGUCGCGGUCAAAGAACAACUUCAUGUGGCUGAACGUACAUUUAAGCGUGUGUUUCAGUACAUGCGAGCUGCAAAGUUGGUUGAGUUUUGCCAGUUCCCUCUGGAAGAAUUAGAUCCCAGCGCCAAGCCCUGCACCACCAAGAAAGGUAACAAAGUGCUUGUGCGAUGUGUGAAACUGUUGAAGCCAUAUUCAAAAAAGGGCGUCCCUGAUGAUGACGACGAUGAUGAUGAGGACGAGGAAGAUGACAGUGGAACAAGAAGAAGAGCUUUUCCUCCUAGUGGGCGAAUCAUGGAGAAGGAUGUCCUUUCACAGGCCUAUCACAUCGUAUUAUCCUGCGGCACAAAGGGAAUGCCCAAGACUGGUAUCGGAUACGUAAUGAACGUUGGUAAACUGGAAUCUCGUAUGAUCUGCCGAAGACUUGAGAGGGACGGUGUAGUAAAGGGAUUCAUGGAGGAUGAGGGUCGGCAGAGGAUUACUAAAUAUAUCGGCCAUAAGUGUGUGGAUGUCAGUGAUCAGCUCCAGCUUUUUGCGAAGGAGAAGGAACGCAAGAAGCUCCUCUUCUCUGCACCAGAGACAUCAGACGCUAGAGCUGCCGCCUCUAAAAUACCACCGUCCUCAAGGUCGACAGGAAAAGGAAACAACAAAACAAAGAAGAAUAAGAAAACAGGCGGAGGAGGAGACGAAGACGCCGAAGAAGCUGGGCAGACAUGUGGUGAUGGACAAGUAGAGGUGGGCGAUGAAGGGUUGGAUGGAGGUGGAGGUAAAGCAAGAGGAAAGUCAAGAGCAGGAAGAAAGUCGAGAGGGAAGAAAGGCAGUGUGACAGAGGAGCAGACGCAAUCUGACGCCCCCAAAAUACAACCUGCACCAGCUGAAUGUGAAACCACAACGUGCAGCGAAUCCAAGACCAGUCCGACACCUGACAUUCUCAGAACAGAACAAGAUGCGACGGAGGUGGAGGAAGAACAGUCCAACGUAACGUCUGUCCCCCCUGUGGCUGAGACAGAGGCUUCAUCCAACAAACCAGAAGACGUCAACAUUGUGGUUAUUAAAGACAUUUGUCCACAGGAGAACACCAAUCGACAAAAAUUCCAGCACUUUAAGCAGAGGUCUCAUGAGACGUACCGCCUGCUGAAGAGGAAGAACCUGAUCGUCGAGGCGGUCCGCAACUUCAAAAUCAUCGAGGGACUUUUCCCACUGCAGAAGAUGAUCAAUGAUGAGGAGAAGCUGGAAGGAGUCAGCUCAAAGUGUUGCAAAAAGACAAUUUUACGUCUCGUUCACUGUCUUUCGAGAGAAGGCUUGCUUAAGCUUUACACGACCACUGUCAUACAGGAUGGCGUCACCAAGAAGGUUCAGAUGGUCGUCCAUCCGUCCGUUCAGCCCAAUGAUGACAUAGUGCAAAGAGUUAUCGAACAGGUCCGCUUCAAAAUCUCCAACUGUUACUCAACUGUUCGUCUGCAGGAAGAGAGAGCCAGAGAACAAGAAAUCCAGUCUAAUCCUGCGGGAAGCCCUUCCAAAAAACAGAAGAGCAAAGCUAACAAGAAUAAAGAGGACAAGCCCACGAUAGUCCGAGGACUGGGUAAGAGCCUCGGCUUCCAGCCUAAGAUGCAUCGCCUGCGUGUUGUCCAUAACUUCCUCUGGUACUUGAUCUACGGGCACCCGCUCAGACACAACUCCUCUGACUCCCAGCCAACCGGUGAAACAUCAGCAAACGUGCACAGCUCCGAUGCUGAAGCCAAACACCCAGACAACCAUGACAAGCAGGAUCUGAAAGACACACAAAACUGCACAAUCGUAGACGAAACCACACAGUCGUCGGACACUGCAGAUUCUGCCGUGUCCAAAUUGGAUUUGACAUCAGGUGAUGAAGAAGAGGAGCAGAAGACUGAAUCAAUACCACGUAACUCUCUGUCUGACAUGAAAGUGUACGCUGAUGAAGAAACAUGGAAGAAAUUCAUUCCUCCUGUGCGUGUCCACAAAGAGUUCGGCAGCGGCUGGGCGAUGGUGGGCGACCUGCUCCUCUGUCUGCCUCUCUCCAUCUUCAUCCAGGUCAUCCAGAUCAACUAUAAGGUGGAUGGACUGGAGGAAUAUCUCAACGACCCUGUGAAGCAACACCUACUUGUUCGAAGCUUGCCGGCCAAAAUAAGAAGACAGCUGUUUUACAGACGGAAAUACCUGUUCUCAUUCCAUGAUAAUCUGCAGAAGUUGGUUUACAUGGGUCUGAUGCAGCUGGGUCCUGUAGAGAAGUUCAUGGAGAAAGACCAGGUGUUUUUGUAUCUGAGACGAAACACCACCAUUGUCGACACCACCAGUGCUGAGCCUCACUACUGGCUCAUCACAGAGUCACCUGACAAACCAUUUGAGAGGCGCAAGUACACGUUCAACACUACUGAGGACGUCGAAAACUAUUGGUUCGACCUGAUGUGUGUCUGCCUCAAUACGCCACUGGGCGUGAUCCGGAGCAAGAAAAAUGUCACAGUUGACGACUCUUCUCCAUCUUUUGUGCAGGAACGCAAUGUGUUUGUUGGAAUAGCAUACCUUCUGAAGGGCAGCAGUGAAGUUUGUGAUGACGGGUUGAUACCAGGCGACGGUAAAGGAGCCGCAGGUCUGCAUUCUGAAUUUUUUGGUCAUCUUAAACGCAACUGGUUUUGGACCAAUCACCUUCUCUCUGUCAAAACGAACCCAGCUGUUUUUGAAGCGAGGGAGAACAAAAUCCGACUGAAGAGCUUGCUGAGUAAAAAUGCUCUCAGGUUUGCUUUUAAAGCCGGAGGAACAACUAAACCUCAAUAUCUGACAACCAAGCAUCCACUGAUGGCAGAGGUGGGGAUUGAACCUGUGAGCAGAAACCAGCAGGUGGUCGGAGGAAAGAGACAGAAGAGGAAGAGAAGCAAAAAGGAGGUUGUCAAGGUCCCACGCAAGAAGAAGAAAGAGCCAAAGAAACGCACACCUGCCCACGACGAGGCCGACCACCGGGCUUUGAAGAUGAUGACAAGGCAACGAGUCUACUGGUCUAUACAGGAAGACUCACUGAUGAUGCUCUGCAGUGUGGCCUCACACCUGCUCAACAGCAAGUUAAAGAGGCCAUUUGUUCCGUACUGUGGGGUGAGAGACCUGCUACACUCAGAGUUUGAGAUAUCGAUGGACAAAACAUCUGUCGCUGUUGGACGUCGUACGCGGUACAUCCUCAAGAAUCCUCAGACGCUCCUGAACUACAGGAUCUGUCUGGCUGAGGUUUACCAGGACAAAGCUCUGAUGAAACUGCUGGAGGAGAAGAAACCUGCUGAUCCUAAUAAACUAGAGGAUUGUACCGCCUCUUUCUCAGAGUACACCAAGCUCCUCCGACAGAAGUUCAGCUCCGUCAUGAGCCUGUGUGAUAUCAUCGCGCCGGACACCAAACAGGAGCUCUUCUCACGGUUCAAGGUUUCUGCAAUAGACAGUGCAAAGCGAGUGUUGGGCAAAGAUACUGUCAAAUGCACUGAAGACAUUCACACCAUAGUGUUACAAAACCUGAUCCAGAGCACUCUGGCCAUGACCAACAGUCAGAUGAAGUCGUCCCGAUCCUUUCAGACCUUCCACAUGUACAGUAAGUACAACCAGGAGCUGCUGUGCCAAGUGUUCAUACAGUGCAGGAAGAGUGGCCUGGUCAACCGACGUCGUGUCAAUCAGCCGUUUGGGCCGAAGAAGAACCGAGCGCUGCCCAUCCUGCCCAUGUCCUACCAGUUGUCCCAGUCCUACUACAGAUGUUUUACGUGGCGUUUCCCUCACUCGCUGUGCAGUGAUUCCUUCCGCUUCGUGAGAAGUCUAAUAAACAAGGGCACAGGAGACGACAGACCUGUUACCGCAUUUUACCAUGAACCUGAAAACAGGUUAGAGAACGGUGAGACAGUGUUGGAGCGGCAAAAAGGGUCAAAAAGAAAAGAGAAACAAAGUGAAGUUAAUGCUGAGAGCGCAACAGUGAGUGAACCAGAGCCACAAACAAAGGAAGCAAACACUGAGUCGACAAAAGAAGGCGAGAACGAACAAAGGCAGGAGGAAGGAGAAGAGAAGUUGAUGGAGGUAGACAAAACAAAUGAGGAGAAAAACCCAGACGAUAACCUUCCAGCUGAUUCUGGUGAAGAUCCGUCCAGCAGAGAGCAGACAGACGAUCAGCUGCCCAAAGAAAAGCUGUCAGAAGAGGCCGCGGCCUCGGAUGCAGCAUCUGGAGUUCCAGAGGAUCCUCCAGAUGUGUCGGACAUGCUGGCGUACUCUCUGGACUCUCCGGGUGGAACCUGUGCUGCGGCCCUCAGCCUCAUGACCCUGGGUCUGCUGAACGUGCACAUGUCCAUACCAAAACAGAUGGUGGUGGUGGACAGCACCCUGGUGGACAACGAUGUCGUCAAGAGCAUGGCAGCUUUGGAGGAAGAGGACGACAAUGAUGAUGAUGACGGUGAGGAGUGUGAGGGGAGAAAGAAGCUGGAGGUGAAGGCCCAUCAGGCGUCACACACCAAAUACCUGAUGAUGCGAGGAUUCUGCUGCCCGGGCAUAGUCAAAGUGCGUAACCUCAACACCAAUGAUAACAUCGUGGUGGAGUCGUGUAUCAUGAACUUGCAGCUGCGCGACACACCUGCUCACCACAUAUUCAGUAUGGAGAACUCUCCUCCUCUGGACUUACGUAAAUGUGGUCCAUCCCUGGUUCCCUCCGUCCUCACCUCCUCCAUCCCCUUCUCCACCUCGUCCUCCUCGCCGUCCCACAGUGUGGAGGAGUGUGACAAGAGUUUGAUCGAGCAGAGAGGAUACACUCCUCAGGACAUAGAGGCAUGUGCCGAUCUCAGGAGGAGCUUGGAUGAAGCCGGGGAGAUCGGCUUGGACAUGCAUGACCUGCACCAGGCUCACACUCACCAGGUGAAGCCUCAGUCUGGACGCACCAGGAGCCUGCAGCAGUACAUCCAGGACUUACGUGAAGAAGGGCAGGUGUUGAAAGUUGGGGCUUGUGGCGCUCGGUACGUGCUCCUGAAGCACGCUGAUCCCUGGCUGCUGACUGUAAACCCCAAGCAGUGGUCCCAGGCACGUGUCACACCUGACAGACUCAAGUUUUUAAACAAUCCCUUAAUGCGAAAGAGAUUCAGGCGUGAAAGCCUACAGGAAACAGAGGAGCCGCCGGCCAAAAAGGCUGCUUUGGACAAACAAGAGAGCAAUGGCGGAGAGGACGGAGAGGGAAGUGACAUGACAAGAGAGACACUGAAUGAGGAAGCACAGAUGAAAAAUCAGCAAGAGAGGUCAGAUGAGGAAAGUGGAGAAAAACAAUUGAACUUGGAAGAAAAGGAGCGAGAAGAGCAGACACAGCAUGAAGACGAAGGGGAGGAGAAGACAGGACAGGAGAAGAUGGAAACUGAAGAGCCACAGGAAGAAAAGAGAGAGUUGAGAAGCAGUAAAUAUAGUAUAGACGAUGAAAAUGUCGAAGAAGCAUCAGGAAUAUCCGAUGUUGAUGAAAAUUUGAGUUUCAUCAGUCGGCCAUGGCGCUUGGUGGAUGGUAAACUGAACCGCCUGGUGUGUAAGGGCAUGCUGGAGGCCCUUCUCUACCAAAUCAUGUCCCGACCCGGAGUCACGAAGCAGGCGCUGGUGGAACAUUAUACAAAUGUGCUGCAGCCAAUGGCCGUGAUGGACCUCUUGCAGGCACUUAUGGAAAUUGGCUGUGUGGUGGAGAAAACUCUGGUUAAAGGUCCUCAACCUUCUCUGUUCAGUCGCCCCGUGAACCAGACGAGACGCGACACUGAGGAGAAGCUUGAGGAACCAGACUCUGUCUUUUACGAGCCCACCGUCUGCUGCUGCCUGCGGCUCAGUCAGGUGUUACCCAACGAACGCCACUGGAACUACUGCAUACCAUGAAAGUGUUUAUCCACCCGGCCUCACCUGGAAUCUCGUUAGAUGUAUUAUAAUUCUUCUUAAGUUUAAACCUUGGGACGUUUUAGCAACAUUCAGACUCUGUUCUGAUCUUUAAUGACAAUUCUGGUUUUACAGAAAAACGUGGAUUUCUUUGUACUUUUUCAGGUUUUGUCCCUUGAAAUUUAAAUUGUGUUUUUGUGUUCAACUUUUUUGCAAUCUAACGUUAAAAGUUU